AUGGGGGGUAUUGGAAAAACAACACUGGCUAAGCUUGUAUACAAUGGUAAAAAGCUGGAGAGCUUUUUCAAUCUGAAAGCAUGGGCUUGUGUUUUAGAAGAUUUUGAUGUUGCUGCAGUUACAAAAACAAUUUUACAAUCUUUGACCUCGAAAAACUGUGUUGGCAAAGAUCUAAAUUGGCUACAAGAAAAAUUGAAGAAGAAACUACGUGGGAAAAGGUUUCUAGUAAUUCUUGAUGAUGUUUGGAACAAGAACUACAAUGAUUGGACUCUCCUACGUGCUCCUGUCGAAGUAGGGGCUCUGAGAAGUAGUAUUGUUGUCACAACUCGUAACCAGAAAGUCUCAUCACUAAUGCGAAACAAGGAAGUUGAGCCUUUUCAAUUGGAGUUGUUGUCAAAUGAAGCUUGUUUGUCCAUAUUUACCCAACAUGCAUUGGAAGCAAGAGACGUCAGUGCCCAUCCAAACCUUAAAGAUAUUGGAGUCUUAUGCAGUGAAGAUGAAGACCGCGAUGAGUGGGAAAAAGUUUUGAAGAAUAAGAUAUGGGAUAUUCCAGUAGAAGCAAAUGGAAUUCCUUUCUCUCUUAUGGUAAGCUAUGACAAUCUAUCUUCACAUUUGAAGGGGUGCUUUGCUUACUAUUCAAUACUACCAAAGGACUAUGAAUUUAAGGAGAAAGAGGUGGUUCUAUUAUGGAUGGCAGAAGAUUUGAUUCAACUCUAA